AUGCGUAAAACCUCUCCGGCGCAAUUACCGCUCUAUCCUCGUAGUGUCGUGGCUGCUGACCUCGAGCAACUUGUCAAGCGUCGCAGCGAGCUUGGGUCUGAUUAUUUGCUGGCCAUGUUUUACACUGCCAAUGAUCCCCAUGCGCCGCUGGCAUUGAUGACCUUUGGGGUAAUCCAAGCCAUAUUUUCCAACGUCCAUUUUGCCUGGGUCCCCGUAACGCAUAUGGAGGGGAGUUAUUUCCAAUUUCACCUCUCAGCAUUACCGGCAGCUGUCCUGAUGAACGCCACUCGCAUCAUCCAUGUCUACGAGGAGCGCAUGCAUGUGGGCCCUAUGUACGAGAAGUUGAUCGAGGUGUUGGGCGAAGAGAGCAUUGACGAUGGUGUGCGCCCAGUCGUGCUUACAAAAGCGCCAGCGAUCGCCUCCAGCUUUCAAGAGUUGUACCAUCAGUUUGUGAACGCCAGCUACGCUGCGCUAAACAUUGAAUUCAACCAAGAGGCUGCUGAAAUGCGCUCCCUGUCGGACACCUUCAACGCGCUCGGCUUGCUGGUGGCGUUGCGUGAUGGGCGAUUGGCGGAUGCGGUGCACCUGGCCGAGGUGCGGCUUCACGCUCAGGAGCUAGAGAAAUACGCGGCGGCUGGCAACGCCAUGCUGCCGCCGCUUGAUCCGAUUUGGGUCUGGGUGGCCACGGCUCUCCUCCCGCUGGCAGGCCUUUUGUCCCUCAGGCCAAUGCAACGCUUACUUGCGCGGGACGAGGCGGCAGCGGCGGAUCGCGAUCAUGGCCAUCACGACAAUGUCGAGGAUGUCGCCGCACCGGCAGCGGAGAUGAAUUAA